AUGGCUGGCCAAGCCGACAAGAAGCAGGCCAAGAAGGCAGAGUCCUCCAUUCAGUACUACCUCUAUGCCAUCAUUGCGGUGAAUGCUUUGUAUUUUCUCGGCCGUGUGGUGAUGUUCUGGUCUUCGAUGGGCAAGUGGAAUCUGUGCGGCAUGCUGCUCUUCACUGGAGUGUCCUACUUCACGUUCGGCGCCAUCAAGAGCUCCCUGGAAAUCGGAGCGAACUAUGAGAUGUACCUGGACCUCUUCCUUGUCAACUUGGCCACGCAAGCCUUGGUAACCUUGAGCGACUACGGCUGGCUGCUGUAUCUCGCAGUUCCCGGCUAUGCUGGCUGGAAGGUUGUGAAGCUUGUCAUGGACUAUGUCUUCACUCCCACUGAUCAGGAGAUGGCAGAGAACGACCCAGAGGCGGGUUCUAGGUUGUCAAGCACUGAUGCGCGGCCUGGCCCAAACGUUGGCCACAGGCGCGGCGGCACAAUGAAAGGUGUCGGUUGGGGUGUCCGGCUUUCGGGCUCCUAUGGACAGGCCGAAGUGAAAGGACCUCGUUCAGCUUUUUCCAUCGAGGGCCGCUUCGUGAACACAUCAAGCCCUGGGCUCGGCGCUCUUCGCUUUGUUCUCAUUAGCUUGGUGGUUGACAUGAUGCAGAGCAAAGUGGACGUGACGAAGUUUCAUAGCCGCCUGAUAGCCACUCGCACGCCUCCAGGACAGCGACAAAGCAUUGACUUUGACCAGAACCUGGGCAAGUGCUACUCCUGGUCCCACCCAGAGGCCAAUGGUCCAACCCUGACGGCCACGGUGCUCGUAGACGGCUCCGGGCUCGUUUACCACAAGGGAUCCCUUAAAGAAGCCCUUAAAGGAGGGCUUAAACUGAGCCCUGAGGGAAGGUUCUAG